AGCAGGCAGGCAGGUGCGCGAUCCAGUAAAACUGCGUGGUGAUAUUGAAGGAAGUUGAAAGAGACGACUGAGGGGACUUUUACAUAGCCCUGAUCAUACCCUCUCGAAUGUUGGUCGGGACAUUCAUCUUCAUCGUUGCAUGAAAUUUGACGGAUUUCACAAUCAAUGACCGCCAAAAUAAUCAUUAUCUGAUAUCGUCAAAGACCGCAGAAUUUCCGCCCCCCGUCAAAACUUUUUGCAUGCAUUAACAUUCAACAACACUACAUAUCGAUCCAUGUCCGGACCGAUGUGUAUUUUCUUGUGAGCAUUCGAUUCGGUCUCCUCUCACACAACCACUUACAUACGGUCGUCACAUUUCGCCCAAAACGGUCACCACACCACUCACUACAUCCAGCUGAGAGUGUGUCCAGUAACAAUCCAUACCACCAUCCAUACGUUUAGUCUGGUGCAAACCCCAACUUGAGAAGGAAGAGCUCAGCUGUACGGCACAAGGACCCUUCUCACGCUACAAUGUUCAUUACUACGAAAAUCGCCGACUUGGUGCAGAUUGCACCCGAGGACUUCAGCAAAGAGAGUUUUGUCGCGAUUGAAGACAACAUCAACGCCAAAUAUGCAAACAAGGUGGUACAGAAAGUCGGCCUUUUCGUCUGCUUGUGGGAUGUCACUUGGACAUCAGAAGGUCAGAUAGGUCAUGGCAGUGGUUUAGUCAACGUGAACGUUGAGUUCGAGAUGGUGGUCUUCAGGCCAUUCAAGCACGAAGUCAUUCUCGCACGCAUCACCCACCAGACCGAGGAAGGCAUAUACCUUGGCAUGGACUUCUUUAAUGAUAUCUUUGUUCCCGCCGCGGAGCUGCCGGACAACUCAGAGUUCGACACAACCGAGAAGGUCUGGGUAUGGAAGGAAGAAGGCCAGGAGCUGUACUUUGACAACAACGAGAUGGUCCGUUUCCGAGUUAUCGGCGAGGAGUGGCACGACCAAACACCAACAGGCCCGGUGGAAGUCGACCAGACUGCAAACCAGCUCCUACCGCCAUAUAAGAUCACGGGUUCCAUGAAGGAAGGAGGACUGGGAUGCUGUCUGUGGUGGGAGUAGAAUGGCCCACUCCGUCACGUAGGCGAGAGAAUCAAGGCCUAGACCAAGCAUUGGGAGGGGCGUUUUAUGUUGUUAUCCAAUUAUAUUUCUUCACCCUAAACUGAUCACGGCGUGUAGAAUUUUCGUGGUCUGGUUUCGAG